AUUUCCCAGAAGCCGUAGCGGCAGCGGUUCUGUGACAUAACACAACAAGGUAAACAUGGCGGCUGUCGGAGCCUUAGGUAGAAUUGGCAAAUUGAGCUCCAGCAUCUGUAGGAACCAUCGUUUAAUAUUUAACAGGAGCCCGCACAGACGAGGGAUAGCUACGUGUAUCGACCGUAAGUGCCGCUGAACACGAACAGUCAAUUCUGAGCCGUUUUAACGUAAUUUCACCGUUUUUCCAUGUGAUAAAAUCUGACACUUCAUAUUAAUUUGUUCGGUAAUACACCUCUGCUGUUACGAACUGUUACACAGCAGCUUACAAACAACACAGGUAACAGCUGUUUACUGUUAUUACGAGAGGAUACACGCAUCCUGAUUAAUGUUAACGUUAAUACUUCUUAGCUCAGCUCUCAUUGGUUAGUUCUACUCCUCUUGGUCUUCCAGUCAGGAGGCAGAGGGAGCCACACACCCCUUAUCACUACUCUACCUUUUAAGCAGGUUUUCAGUGAUUUAUACAAAUAUCAGAUCGAUAUUUUUGAAUCUAAAUGAUUCAAAGUGUAGAAACAAAAAAUAUGUUUUGUAAGAGAUCUGUAAAUUUAACUCUAGUUUACAUUCAUAGUACGCCACACCUGUAUUUGUGAUCAUUUCAUCUGAAAUAUUCUCUCUUUUUUUCCACAGCCGCUCAUGGACUCAGUGAUGAACAGAAAGAAUUUCAAAAAAUGGCCUUCGACUUCGCAGCCAAUGAAAUGGCUCCACACAUGGCAGAGUGGGACCAGAAGGUGCGUUGAAGCAAGUGAGAUGUUGUCAAAGCGGCAUAUUCAUGCUUGCUGUUUUGCAGUGACAUCUUACCAAAUCAAAUCCCAAUUACCGUAAGGUCUGAUACUGGUAAAUGUGCCCUAAUUUAUCCAUUGUUGACAUGUCCUUUUUCCAAUCAAACAUCAGUAUUAUUUUCACAAAUGGGCAUUUUCUCCUCCAGGAAAUUUUUCCAGUUGAGACCAUGCGGAAAGCAGCCCAGCUAGGGUUUGGUGGCAUCUACGUCCAGCCCGAUGUUGGAGGAUCAGGCCUCUCCAGACUGGAUACGUCUAUAAUCUUUGAGGCUUUGUCUACAGGAUGUGUUAGCACAACAGCCUACAUCAGUAUACACAAGUAUGAUCCCCAUGAUAUGGCUGUAAUGGCAUGCAGAUUUUUGAAGUUUGAUUAGUUCAAUCUUUAACCUUUAUUAGGACCACAAGAAUAAUAUAUGUGUCAAUUUUAUGCAAGUUAUGUUUUUAUGCUCCUCUCUUUGCAGCAUGUGUGCCUGGAUGAUCGACACAUUUGGAAAUACUGAACAAAGGGAGAAGUUCUGUCCCAUUCUCUGUUCGAUGGAAAAGUUUGCCUCUUAUUGUCUUACAGAACCAGGUCAGCCUUCACAUUUAACAAUAAAAAAAACUAAGAAACUCCUAAAAUUUCAAAACUUUUCCAGGUGUAAUAUAAUUGUAGAGAUGUAAAACAUAAAAACGUCUCAACUUUACAUCAGGCAGUGGCAGUGAUGCCGCCUCACUUCUUACCUCUGCACAGCGAAAAGGAGAUCACUACAUCUUAAAUGGUUCUAAGGUAAUAACCCACCUGUCUAAACAUGUUUUACAACUUCAAAUAAUUUAUUAAAUAUACAAAAGUAAUCCAUAAACACAUCUUGUGAUUUAGGCGUUCAUCAGCGGAGGAGGAGACACAGACGUCUAUGUUGUGAUGUGCAGAACUGGAGGUAAAGGACCCAAAGGAAUCUCCUGUUUGGUGGUAGAAAAAGGAACCCCGGGCCUCAGUUUUGGCAAAAAAGAACAAAAGGUAAACUUCAUAAAUGCAGAGACAACAGUCAGCUCCGGCUGUAUGUACACUUCAGACAUUAUCUGCUAUGUAGCAGUUAACCACUAGAUGGCAGAGCCAAGUCAAAGUCACUCAGCUGUGAUUUAAUCCCUGCUGCAGGUGGGUUGGAACUCUCAGCCGACCAGAGCGGUGAUAUUUGAGGAUUGUGCCGUUCCAGUGACCAACAGGCUCGGUGAGGAAGGUCAAGGGUUUAGUAUCGCCAUGAGGGGCCUGAACGGAGGAAGGAUCAAUAUCGGUGAGGACAGAUACACACACACACAGUGAACAGACAUUAAUAUAUGUGACUUUUUGACAUUGAAUUUUGGGGGUUUGCCGCUACAGUCUCACCUGGUCUGGUCCUACCUGCGCCUAAAAUUUGGCCAUGCUUGUCGUCUUUAAAGCAGGGAGAUUUCUAACUGCAGUGACCAUUGCAACUAGGACCAUAACCUCUGUACAUGAGGUGCUCACUUAAACCUCAUCCCAAAUAUGGUCAUUUCUGACUCUGAAAUCCAAGAUAGAAGCAGUUAAGAUGCAGAAUUUGAGGCCUCAGAUUAGUAGUCUGCACACCAAUGGCUAAGAUUAUGUUGGCUACUUCUUAUAUGUAACUGUGUUCUCUUGCGUCCACCGUCUGUAGCUUCCUGCUCACUCGGCGCCGCACACGCCUCUGUACUGCUAGCUAAAGAUCAUCUGUUGGUACGAAAACAGUUUGGAGAGACACUCUCCAACAAUCAGGUAAGCGGCUCUUGUUUUUAUACACUGAUCACAAGUCACUGAUACUGAAGAGCUACCCUAAAUCUUCUCUCCUCUCUCUUCUCAUUGGACAUGUUUAGUUUCUUCAGUUCAAACUGGCAGAAAUGGCCACCAAGUUGGUCGCAUCGCGCCUUCUUGUGCGUGAAGCUGCGACGGCUCUGCAAGAGAACCGACCCGAUGCUGUAUCACUCUGCUCUAUGGCCAAACUCUUUGCUACAGAUGAGUGUUUUAACGUGAGUAACGCUGCUCAUUUAUCCUCAGCACUGAACUGGCUCAUGUUAGUUUCACUUUUUAAAACUUUCCUUUUCUCCUUUUCUCUCCUUUUACUUUUACAGAUUUGCAACCAGGCUCUCCAGAUGCACGGUGGGUACGGUUACCUCAAAGAUUACGCCGUGCAGCAGUUCGUCAGAGACAUCAGAGUACAUCAGAUCCUGGAGGGUAAGAUUCUGUAUCUGUUUUUCUUCUUGUGGCUCAGACUUGUGUGAUAACUUCUGUUGUGGAAGGCUGUCAGACUUUGUUGUCAUCAAACUCACAGUUUUAUUCCUCUUUUGUUUCCGCUGAAGGUACAAACGAGGUGAUGAGGAUGAUCAUUUCUCGUAAUCUACUGUCAGAGUCCUGAUAGAUCAUCUCUCUGGACCAUGGACCAUGACGUGAAGGUCCUCUUCUCCUGUUUGUUACUGUGUGACUGAUUUCCUGAAGUGCCCUCUGUAUCAAAGGCCAACUAAAGGUGACAAAAGUCAUUGGAGGAUUUAGGGUAGACCACUAAGUAAAGUAUCAUUUUUUUCAGAUGUUGAACAAAUAUGUUUUUAUUUUUAGUCAUGAUGAUGUGUGUCCAUGGUGAAUCAUCAGUCUGUCUUGACGGUGCUUAAAUAAAACAAUAACAGAUCCAUAGAUGAGUUAUCAUACAGCACCACCUGCAGGUCGAAAUUUCUACAUAGAGAACAACUUCAAUCAAAUUGCACAUGUGACCAUUUUACACUCCAACGCCAGUAAUGAUGCAAACUUCAUGCACAUCUGAACGUGAUUAUAAUUACCGGUAGAUAAUUAGCUGAUUAGCAUCCUGAAAUCAUUAGCAUCAGUCACGACAAAGAGCUGAGGCCAGUGCAGUUAUUUGGUCACACAAGAGAAAACACACACAACGAAAUUGUCCUAUAGAAGGAGUGAUCCAGUCUGAACAAAGUGCCGCACUUAGAGGCAAAUGAGAUUCAAGUAAUGGUACUUGUAUUCAUUUUGACAGCUCAUCUCAAAAGUUUCCCUGGUGCUGCUAGUGUGGAUUAAAGAUGUAGGUUUUUUUUGCUUUCAUCAUAUAUUCAUUUUUAUUUCAUCUGAGAACACAAACGGUUGUUAUUCUGCGGCAGAUCAAAUGCGGUUUCAGUUUCAUUCUUACAAAAGUGUCCUUUCAGAUCAUAUCUAUGAUCCUUGUUACUGUGUUUUAUUUUGUAGUUUGUGAAACUAACCAAGAGAAAGCGUGCUGUUUUACGUAUCAUGGGCUAUGUGUUAAAAAUGUCACUUUAUAAAGUUUAUUUGCUAACUACACUCCAAAUAAAAUAAUCUCAACAGUCC